UACUGUAUUUUCCAAAAACCCCUCUCUCUCUCGUAGUAGAUUCAAAGCUCCUCCAUAAACUCUAUUGACCAAUCUAGGGUUCCUCUCUUAACCCUGUCUCACACUCGUCAAACCUCUUCCGCUGUCGCCAAGCUUGAGCCUUUCUCAGGUUUAUAUAUCAAAUCUACCUUCUCGUUAAUUGGGCUUCCCGACAAAACACUUUGGCUUGUUGUCCUGUUUUGCUUUGCUGUAAUACAUCUUCUCAUUGAAUUUGUCUCUAAGUGAAGGAUGUUGAGAAAAUGAUGAAAGCUCGCAGCUUUAUGCUUCUUUUCAACUUGAUUGGGUUUUGUCUGAAAUGAGUUCACUUCCUGUUACGAAUCUCAUUACAUGUGUCUAAACUCGAUUGAUGAAUUGUGAUGAGAAAAAAAGUUCUGGCUUCAUUGGAUAGUUAAGACACAACACUCGAGUAAGAGAUAAGGUUACUUCUGAUCAAAUGGAGACUAAGAAUGAAAACUCUGAUGUAUCCCGGGCCGAGGAGAUGAAGAAUCAGGCCAAUGAAGCUUUUAAAGGUCACAAGUUCUCCAAUGCUAUCGAUCUGUAUACAAAAGCUAUAGAACUCAAUGGGAACAACGCUGUGUAUUGGGCAAACCGUGCGUUUGCUCACACAAAGCUGGAGGAAUAUGGCAGUGCGAUACAGGAUGCAUCAAAGGCCAUUGAAAUUGAUCCAAAAUACUCCAAGGGCUAUUACAGACGUGGUGCAGCUUAUCUAGCCAUGGGAAAAUUCAAGGAUGCCCUGAAGGAUUUCCAACAGGUGAAAAGGAUUUGUCCUAGUGACCCUGACGCUGCAAGAAAGCUAAAAGAAUGUGAGAAAGCAGUGAUGAAACUGAAAUUUGAAGAAGCAAUCUCUGCACCUGUCUCCGAAAGGCGCUCAGUAGCUGAGUCCAUUGACUACCACACAAUAGAGGUUGAGCCACAGUACUCUGGUGCUAGAAUUGAAGGAGAGGAAGUAACGUUGGAGUUUGUGAAGCAGAUGAUGGAUGACUUCAAGAACCAAAAAACACUGCAUAAACGGUAUGCGUACCAGAUUGUCUUAAAGACAAGGCAAAUCUUGCAAGCGCUUCCUUCUUUGGUUGAUAUCAGUGUACCUAACGGCAAGCAUUUUACUGUCUGCGGUGAUGUUCAUGGUCAGUUUUAUGAUCUCCUGAAUAUAUUUGAACUUAACGGCCUCCCCUCUGAGGAGAAUCCAUACCUGUUCAAUGGCGACUUUGUGGAUAGAGGAUCCUUCUCAGUUGAAAUCAUCCUCACUCUCUUUGCAAUCAAAUGCAUGUCUCCCUCAUCCAUAUAUCUAGCGAGGGGAAACCAUGAGAGCAAGAGCAUGAACAAGAUCUAUGGCUUUGAGGGUGAGGUUCGGUCCAAGCUGAGUGAAAAAUUCGUGGAUCUCUUCGCUGAAGUGUUCUGUUAUCUACCGUUGGCUCAUGUUAUAAACGAGAAGAUAUUUGUGGUGCAUGGAGGCCUCUUCAGUGUUGAUGGCGUGAAGCUCUCAGACAUCAGAGCCAUUGACCGAUUCUGUGAGCCACCAGAGGAAGGACUGAUGUGUGAGCUGUUGUGGAGUGAUCCUCAACCACUCCCUGGAAGAGGCCCAAGCAAGAGAGGAGUUGGUUUGUCGUUUGGUGGUGAUGUAACCAAGAGGUUUUUGGAAGACAACAAUCUAGAUUUGGUGGUGAGGUCACAUGAAGUGAAGGAUGAAGGAUACGAGGUUGAUCAUGAUGGUAAGCUCAUCACCGUCUUCUCUGCACCAAACUACUGUGACCAGAUGGGUAACAAGGGAGCCUUCAUUCGCUUUGAAGCUCCAGAUAUGAAGCCAAACAUUGUUACAUUCUCAGCAGUGCCUCACCCGGAUGUGAAGCCAAUGGCAUAUGCAAACAAUUUCAUGAGGAUGUUCAACUAACUAAACAGAAAGCUUCUUCAACGGAUAUGCCAAGUCUAAAGACUGAAAGACCAAAAGUGUUUCAGAACCAUAAUCAUAUAAGUUUUUUUUAUUUGCUUUUCUAUCAUCUUCUGCAGUUUUUUUUCAUGUUGUUCCAUAACAAGGGAGCUCAUGAUAAUUAAAAGGUACAGUAUAUGGAUUUAAUCGGUUUUCUUUUUGGUAAAGAUGUUUCUUCUUCCUCUAAAGCUUAUCCAGUAUCCUUUUGACUCUUUUGUCUUGUCUUGUUAGAUGGAGUUAAUGGAUCAUUCUUAUUUUUAGAUGAA